AUGAUUGACGGCUAUGAAGGGCAACUCGGACGACGAUUAGGAGUACAGGAGAUUGUGACACAUCCUCUUUUCCUUAUCCAACUGGCUGGCGACAUAGAAGACCUGGCCGUGAAAUUUAAGAAACCAGAAACGCGUAGAAGUCUUCUAACAGGCACUGGACACUGCUCGGCACUUGUGAAGGUACUUCCCGAUCACUCCGACAUCUAUUUCUCACAUGUGACGUGGGCCUCCUAUUCAUCGAUGCUUCGAAUGCAGAAACGAUACACUUUCGCUACUUCGGACCCAGGAAAAAGCUAUGCGUUCAGCGGCUAUCCAGGGUCUAUUCCCUCUGUUGAUGACUUUAUCGUAACUUCGGCCAAAUUAGCAAUCUUGGAAACUACCAUUAGCAACUAUAAUGAGGAGCUGGAACAGUACAUGACUCCGCAGAGUGUGUUAUGUUGGAUCAGGUCACAGGUGGCCCAUCGCACUGCGUCAUCAGGAGUUCAGUGGGCGAAGACGUUUGCCAAGUAUAACUCUGGUACCUAUAACAACCAGUGGAGCAUUCUUGACUACAAGAAAUUCCGUCAAAAUCAACAAAACAAACUGCUCCAUGGACUUCUACAUGUGCUGGAGCAGCUACCACAACACGUUGUUCAUACUGACAUGUCGCACACGCUACUCCGUGAGAAAUAUUGGCCAAGCUACAAUUCCCCGUAAGU